AUGGAAUUUGGAAGGCUGACUUCUUUGGUGAAGCUUAUACUGAAUAACAAUCAGCUUUCUGGUGGUAUACCUCAAGAACUUGGAUCACUGACUGACCUUGAGUAUCUUGACCUGUCCACGAACAAACUGAGCCAAUCAAUUCCAAGUAGCCUAGGGAAUUUUGUGAAAAUGCACCACAUGAAUUUGAGCUACAACAAGUUGAGCCAUGGAACCCCAACUAAGUUGGGUAGGUUAGUGCAGCUGUCCGUGCUAGAUUUGAAAGGGAUACCAACUGAAUUUAGCAAGUUGGGUAGCUUGGUGACACUAAUCUUUCCCACAAUAACUUCUCUGGUGUUAUUCCAGAGAAAUUUUGUGGAACUUUGUGGCUUGGAGUUUGUCGACCACAUCAUACAAUCAAUUAAGGGGUCCUAUCCACACAACAAAGCAUUUCAAGAGGCUCCCCUAGAAGCAUUGCAAAGGGAACAAAGCUUUGUGUGGCAAUGUGUGGCUCAUGGGUAUCCUAUAGCACCCAGAUGUGUCUAUGCCAAUUGUUCAUCGAGACAUAUCCAGCAAGAACACAUUUUGCUAGACCCUGAUAAUGAGGCGCGCAUUUCAGACUUCGGAACUGCUAAGAUUCUAGAUUAUGAAUCAUCAAACUGGACUGCGGGUUGUAGGCACAAUUGGAUACAUAGCACCAGAGCUUGCUUACACAUUGAAGUGACAGAGGCAUGUGCCGUCUAUAGGUUUGGGGAGUUAGCUCUUGAAGUGAUUAAAGAAAGUACCCUACCAAUCUAG